AAUAGUUUCUAUGCAAGGUGCGUCUGAGGACCGGUAUAAAUACAGGUGCCGAUAGAUUUUUUUCUGCUUUCCCUAUGCAGAGAACGAAUGAAGGACACAGAUUCUACAAAAGGAAUUUGAACUUUGAGGGAAAACUGCAGUGUGACGGGGAUCGAUGGAAGCUGGAGAAGCACCGAGUCGCUCUACAGUUCCAGCCCACAGAGCAGGAAGGCGGUGGAAACGUGGUCAUCCUUUUUCUAGAAGAACCUUGUCCUCCGUUUUUGUUGCUGCCGUCGGGUUUUGGUUCUUCCUAGUAGUCUUCCUCCUUUACAUCCUAGAACCGUUUGACUACAAGGAGACCCGCUCGGUCACGCUCCUGAUUUGGGUGCACCCGUUCGGUCAGUACCGCAAACUUCCGGACUGCCUCGCGCUCUUUCAGAUUGGAGGGUGCAUGGUCACAGAUAACAGGAGCACGUACCCAGGGGCUGACGCUGUCAUUAUUCACCACUGGGCCGUUGCUUCAGGCGCCGUACAUCUACCAAAGGAGCCGCGGCCAGGUGCGCAAAAGUGGAUUUGGAUGAACUACGAGUCUCCUACGCAUACACCCAGACUGCUGCGUUUUGAUGGUGUUUUCAAUCUCACGCUCACCUACAGGGCGGAUUCGGAUAUAUAUCUUCCCUACGGGAAUCUGGUCCCUACAAUAAACAGAAGUCUCAAGAACAACUUUACACAGCCGCUCCACGCGCCCGCGCGCUCUCAGCUUCUCCGGCCCCGCCUCCUUGCCUGGGUCAUCAGCAAUUGGUCGGAGUCUCAAGCGCGCGUGGCUUUUUACCACAAGCUCCGUCGGUACAUCAGGGUGGAUGUGUUCGGACGCGCAGGCCGACCGUUACCGAGGGGCCGCGGCAGUGUAGUGCGCAUGCUCGGACAGUACCAGUUCUACCUGGCGUUGGAAAACUCCCAGCACACUGACUACAUCACAGAAAAACUGUGGAACGCGGUCCUGGCCGGGGCCAUCCCGGUGGUUCUUGGUCCGUCCAGGCAGAACUAUGAGCGCUUCCUGCCUCCCGAGGCCUUCAUCCACGUGGGUGACUUCCCCACAGUGCGCGCACUGGCUCAGUACCUGCGGAGACUGAGUCGAGAUCCGACCAGGCUGAGACGGCACCUGGACUGGAGGGAUGGUUACAGCCUACAUCAGACCUCCUUCUGGGCUGAGCACUACUGCGCAGCCUGCAGGGCAGUGAGGAUGACCAGGGGCAGGACAGAUGUAGUCAGACACCUGAAAAGAUGGUUUUAUUCGUGAGAAACGCCUGGAA